AACGCCUGCGCCGACUUUGACCACGUGGGGACGUUUUUGCAGAGGUAGCAAAACAUCCGCAGUGAUGCUCGCCCCGCGUCUGCCAGAGGGCUUGAAAAAACUUUGUUUUCCUUCUUUUUGACACUGAAGCAACUCGAGGACGAAGCCGCGACGGGUUUUCUACCACGGCCACUCUUUCUAGACAAUGCCCCACGACCCCGACACUCCUCCGGCUAAAAAGUUUAAGCCGGGGUCUGUUUUUUUCCGCCACGAUAAGAAUAAACCUGGAAUGCUGCUGCCCAGAAAGGGAAAUGCGACCACUCCGAUAGAAGUCCAGAGGAAACAGCUUCCAAUCUACCAGGCAAAACCUCAGCUACUGAACCAACUGAGACAGCUCCAUAAUGCCAUCCUGAUAGGGGAGACCGGCUCUGGGAAGACCACUCAGAUCCCCCAGUAUCUGUACGAGGCCGGCAUCGGUCGACAGGGAGUGAUCGCCAUCACCCAGCCCCGUCGAGUUGCUGCGAUCUCACUGGCAGGAAGGGUAGCAGAGGAGAAAAGGACUCAACUUGGCAAACUGGUCGGUUACACGGUGCGUUUUGAGGAUGUCACCUCCUCGGAGACGAAGCUGAAGUUCAUGACAGAUGGCAUGCUCCUGCGUGAGGCCAUCGGGGACCCCUUACUGCUGCGCUACACCGUGGUGGUGCUGGAUGAAGCCCACGAACGCACCGUGCACACGGACGUGCUGUUCGGCGUGGUGAAGACGGCCCAGCGCAGGCGCAGAGAGCUCAACAAGAUUCCUCUGAAGGUCAUCGUGAUGUCAGCCACGAUGGAUGUGGAUUUAUUCUCAGAAUACUUCAACAAGUCCCCUGUGUUGUACUUGGAGGGCAGGCAGCAUCCCAUUCAGAUCUACUACACCAAGCAGCCCCAGUCAGACUAUCUGCAGGCUGCACUCAUCUCCAUCUUCCAGAUCCACCAGGAGGCACCUCCGUCCCAUGACAUCUUAGUCUUCAUGACGGGCCAGGAGGAGAUCGAAGCUUUGGCGAGGACGUGCCGGGACAUCGCUAAGCAUCUGCCUGACGGCUGUAGCCCCAUGAUGGUCAUCCCUUUGUAUGCAUCGCUGCCCCCAGCACAGCAGCUCAGGGUCUUCCAGCCAGCUCCCAAGGGCUCCCGAAAGAUCAUCAUCUCCACCAACAUUGCCGAGACAUCGGUUACAAUAUCUGGGAUUAAAUACGUCAUAGACACGGGGAUGGUGAAGGCCAAACGUUUCAAUCCUGACAGUGGUCUGGAGGUGCUGGCAGUGCAGCGUGUUUCUAAAGCCCAGGCGUGGCAGCGAGCGGGCCGAGCCGGCAGGGAGGACUCCGGCUCCUGCUACCGUCUCUACACUGAGAAGGAAUUCGACAACCUCAUCCCCAUGACUGUGCCUGAGAUCCAGAGGUGCAACUUGGCCGGUGUGAUGCUGCAGCUCAUGGCUCUGGGGAUUCCAGAUGUGAUGAAUUUUGAUUUCAUGUCCAAGCCAUCUCCAGAGGCCGUCCGCUCUGCUGUGGAGCAUUUGGAGCUCCUGGGAGCUGUGGAGAAGAAGGAGGGCCAGGUUUCUCUCACUGCUCUGGGAAAGAAGAUGGCCAGCUUCCCCCUGGAGCCCAGAUAUGCAAAGACCAUCCUGUUGUCCCCGGACUACUCCUGCUCCGAGGAGGUUUUGAGCAUCGUGUCUCUGCUGUCAGUGGACACUGUAUUGUACAACCCACCAGCCCGGCGGGAGGAGGUGCAAUCAGCGCGCAAGAAAUUCACCUCUAGCGAAGGAGACCACGUGACGCUGCUCAACAUUUACAGGGCGUUCAAGAAAGUCAGUGGUAAUAAGGAGUGGUGCCGAGAGAACUUUGUCAACAGCAGGAACAUGGGUCUGGUGAAGGAGGUCCAGGCGCAACUCAAGGAAAUCUGCCUUAAGCUGAACCUGAAGCUGGAGUCAUGCGGGGCAGACAUGGGGAAGGUUCGCCGCUGCCUCGCCCACGGGAUGUUCGUCAACGCGGCGGAACUGCAGCCCGACGGCAGCUACUUGGCUCUGGACACCCACCAGCCCGUGGCCAUCCACCCCUCCUCCGUCCUCUUCCAGGGCAAGCCAGCAUACGUGGUGUUCAACGAACUGCUGCACACCUCCCGCUGCUACAUGAGAGACCUCUGUCUGGUGGACGCCGACUGGCUGCUGGACGCGGCGCCAGAUUACUUUGGCCGCAAGCUCCAUCUCAGCAAGAGCUAACCAAUAGAGAUGCAGGACGUCUGCCUCAAAUCACAAUGCGUUCUAUGGAUUAAGACACUUAUUGCAAGUCAGAACAGUUUCUGUGUAGUAUAUUCUCCGGAUUCCACUACCUCCCAGUUGACAAGCAUCUAGCAUGUGUCACUGCAGCAGAAAUCUGCAUUUUGAGGCCUCACAACGUUGACUUCCUCCAGACUGUAAUUCCAAUUUUAUAAGCUGUAUUUCUUCUGUGUGACAGCGUUUCAUUUCACCAUUCAGCCACAUGUUUAACACCUGAAAAGAAGAUUCUUCAGUUCCUUCAGUAUUUGCAUGCAAGUUAGCAGCAUAGAUUACCUCUCAGAGUGUAGUUAGCAGGACUCACUAAGGUUUAAAUGCUACUCAUCAUAUGUUUGUCUCGCUAUAUAUUGCACUAAGUAGUUAAACUACCUACCAAGCAGCAUUCAGAACACCAUAGCAGACUGGUUAGAUAUUUUCAGUGUAAUAUUGAAUAAUAGUGAAGACAUUGAAAUGUUGUAUUUAACUUGGCCACUGUGUAGUUUAUAGGUUUAGAUAAGUUUUUCUACACACAGGAGAUCUGUUUUAAUCUAAGAAAACAAGGAAAAACGCCAAAGUAGAUAUCACACGAGUUCACUGUGUGAACAUACUGUGUAUGUUUAAUAGUCCUCAUUCAACACUUGCCAUGUUAGCUUGUGCAUGUUCUUUUUCACAGCCACUAAAAUAACAUGCACGUCAGGGGAAAUAGCAUGCCUUAUUCUCCUGGUUCUAGUCUUUACUGUGUCUCAUAUUCUCACUCAUCCCCUACACAGACUACACACAUAUCUUUACUGACAGCAAAUGUAUGCAAUGCAUGGAGAUUAUAGUCAACGAUCUGUUAGCUCAGGUCCUUCAUACUUCAUAGAAUGUAAAUCAUAGUGUUAAGAAAUAGGAUGAAUGCUUUGAUUUUCUUUUUGUUUUUUUUUUCCCCCGAACUGGACUCAGGAUUGUACAAUAUAUACUGGAAUCUGAAUAAAUCACAUAACCUUUCUAACUUUGCAAUCAAACACCAAAUGUAUUUGAGGUUGCUGUAGACAGUUGUCAGUCUAUGCUCUUCUUUGAAUCUCUUAGAGAACACGCUGCACAUGUGGUUCACAGAUAGAAGUGCAGACUUUAGGAUCUGCAUGUAUGUAGUAGGUGAACUGCACAUCUUUGAUAUGGUCUUAUAUAACCACACUUGUUACAGUUUCUAAUAAAAACAUCUGACCACCUACAUGAGUAAAACUUAAAA